AUGACACCACCUCCACCUCCACAUCCAACUCUACCACCUCCUCCUCCACAUCCAACUCCACAACCUCCACCACCACCACCUGUUUGGGUCAAAAUCCUGCGCACCCAAUCCAACACUGAAGAGCCUAGAAUGAUAAAACAAGCCACAGGACCCGAGCAGCCUGACCUUCGUGAUUAA